AUGACGCUAUGUUUGAUAAGGAAUUACGCUAAGCUAAAACCUAUUCAGAAUGUAUCAUCAUCCGUUUUCAAACAAUCAUUUAAAAGACACAUCCACUAUAAUUCAUUUCAUUCAAAGUCUAAUAUAGUUAACCAAAAGAGGACAUUAAUAGCUAUAGGGUCAGGUAUAUCACUAAUUACAUAUCUUUUUAUAAAUAAUAACAAAGUCUAUAAUGACGUCCAUGCUCUAGACUCAUCAAUUCAUGAAUUAAACCCAAUAAAAACCGCAGAAACUUAUGAAAAUGGUUUAUAUGAAGCAUCACAACAGGAAGAGAAGGAUCAGUUUAAUGAGUUCAGGAACUCUAAGACGCAACACAAGUCAUGGCUAAUUAGUAUACUGUACAGACUAAUAUUUGCUUUUCAGGAUUACGUCCUUGAUCCUAUAGUCACUUUUUCCAGAUUCUUACAGUUAUCAUGCAUAUUCCUCCCAGUGUUAUUGUCAAGUCCUAUAUGUUGGUUUGGUCGAAAACAUAAAACAGAAAAUGGGGAUUAUGUAAGGACUGGAGCAACUUUAUGGUAUAGAUAUUUGCGAUGGUCAGCAGAACAAGCUGGGGCUUCAUUUAUUAAGUUAGGUCAAUGGGCAGCAAGUAGAACCGAUAUUUUUCCAUUAGAAUUAUGUAAUGAAUUGGGAUCAUUACAUUCAAACGCUAAAGCUCAUAGCUUGGAAGCUACAAAAAAGAUUAUAAGAUCAAGUUUUGGUGGACUACCAUUUGAAGAAAUUUUUGAUGAAUUUAACGAAAAACCAGUCGGUGUCGGUGCUAUUGCACAAGUUUAUACGGCCAAAUUAUCACAAAAAGUUCUAGACAAGGCUGCGCAAGAGGAGAAAGAAGUCGAACAAAAAUUGAAAGAGAAGCAUAAAAAGAAGAACCUGGAUACACAAUUUUUUGACAAACUCAUAGUCACAGAACACUUGAAUUCUAAUGAAUAUGUUGCUAUUAAGGUCUUACAUCCAAAAGUGGAAAUUAACGUUCAUAGAGAUUUAAAAAUCAUGAAAUUUUUCGCAGAUAUUAUCAAUGUUAUACCAACCAUGGAAUGGCUUUCAUUACCCGAUGAAGUUGAUCAAUUUGCUAUAUUGAUGAAAUUACAGUUAGACUUAAGGAUUGAAGCGUUGAAUUUGGCAAAAUUUAGAGAAAAUUUUAAAAGCAGACUUGAUAUUCAUUUUCCCAAGCCGUAUUUGAAUUUUACAACAAGGGAUGUUUUAGUUGAAGAAUAUAUGCAUGCUAUACCUUUAAGCAAACUAUUAUCAUUGACUGAGAAUUUUGGCAAAAACUUAUCAAAAGAGGUGAGUGACAAAGGGUUGGAUGCAUUCUUGAAAAUGUUAAUUCUUGAUAAUUUUGUUCAUGCCGAUUUACAUCCAGGAAACAUGAUGGUUAGAUUUUAUAAAAAUGAAUUAUAUAGACAUGAAAAGGAGUACAAAAUUAUUAAAGCAUCAAAUGAUAAAGAGACUAAUAAAAUCACUGACGAGUUACUAAAAAUGAAAAACCCAACUGAAUGGUGUGAAAAAUUAGCACAGUUAUAUGAAGAUGGAUAUCAUGCUGAGAUAUGUUUCUUAGAUGUUGGUCUUGUUACUGAAUUGAAUCAUAAUGAUCGUGUUAAUUUCAUUGAUUUGUUCAAAGCUUUAUCAGAAUUUGAUGGAUAUAAAGCUGGAGAAUUAAUGGUUGAAAGAUCAAGAACACCAGAAACAGCAAUAAACAAAGAAAUUUUUGCAUUAAAAGUUGAAAAAUUAGUGGAUAGAAUGAAAGAUAGAACUUUCACAUUAGGAAACGUUAGUAUUGGAGAUUUGUUGGAUCAAGUUUUAGGUAUGGUUAGAAAUCAUCAUGUGAGAAUGGAGGGAGAUUUCGUGACUGUCAUUGUAGCGAUAUUAUUACUAGAAGGUGUUGGAAGACAAUUAGAUCCUAAUUUAGACUUAUUUGCAAGGUUCGUAUAUGCAUUAAUGAUUGGGUUCCCAACUGAACAAAUUGAUAUAAAAUCAAUAAUUUCAAUGGGCAACUUUUCAUUACCUGUCUUGAGAAAAUUAGGUAUAUCAAAAGAAGGUAGAGAGAUGAUGAAGGAUGAGAAUAGUUUGAGUAUGGUAAAAAUUUGGUUGGCUUUAGAAGUGAGACAAUUCAUUAACGCUUCAAUUCAAGACGUAUGUAUUAAAAGAUUUCAAUUCAAAGCUGAUGAAGAAAAAUUACUAACACAUUAUUUUCUAGAUACAUUCCUUGGUGAAAGCAGACAUGUUGAGUCCAAAUAUGUAAAAGUAUUCUAUUCUUAUAUUUAUAAUCUUAUAGAUCAUUUAAAACAAUUCAAAACAUUUAGAAUCAUAAAUCAUAAGCAUAGUUAUUAG